CGAUAGCCUGUUUGCGAUCGCGAUACUGCAAUGAAAGCAAAAUGCACAAAAUGCAUGUCGCAAUAUACAAACAACAUGCGCACCCAACGCCAUUCUCGAUAUUGCAGCGGAGUUCAAAAGGCGAGCUAUAUUAAGAAGAAGGGAUAUAUGUGUUUGCAUUUUGUAUUGGCACAGCAGACGAUUCCGGAUUGCAGCACCGAACAUUGUCGUUUGCCUUACCUGCCCGGCAGUCAAGGGGAAAUCCAUUUCGGCGGAAUGAUGUUCCAUUCCACUACAUAGCUGAAAUUAUUUGGCCCUGAAUAGCUAAUCAUCAAUUGCGUGUGUGAAUAAAGACACAUCUCACCUAAGAGCAGUCAGCUACCCCCAUCGACACCAUGGACCCUUACGAAGUGGACGACGAGCCACGGAUGGUGACCCGGAACCCGAUGCUCAUCCCUUGUUUCCUCGCCGUCGACUACCUCUGCAUGGCUGGCGUGGUCGUCCUCUGGUUCGUCCUACUCUUCACAGAGAACCUUCCUGGUCCGUUCCAUCGUGGUUUCUGGUGCCACGAUCGGAGCCUGAUGAUGCCCUACUUGGAAGAUGAUGUCUUCACCGAGGAAGUACUGUAUGUAACCUGUUUUGCUGCUCCGCCCAUUAUGAUCCUCUACGGUGAGUGUAUGCUGGCCCUCUGUUCGUGUAAGAAGACUCCACCGGAGAUGAAAGUUGGUAGAAGGAAGGUUGUCAAGAGUUGCUCGCUAAAGCUCUACCCCGUCAUCAGAAGAAUGUUCAGAUUUACGGGUGUCUUCGCCUGUGGGGCCUUCGCCACAUGGAUCGUUACUGAUGCAGCUCAAAGGGUCACUGGAAUACAAACACCGUACUUCUUGACAAUCUGUAGACCAAACUAUACAGCACUGGACUGUCGAAGGUUCAUCACUGAUUAUGAGUGUACAAAACGGAAUGAUGAUCUCUUGAACCAAGCUCGGUUGUCAUUCCCAUCUCUCCAUGCGUCUCUGGGCUCUUAUGCUGCAGUAUUCACUACGGCCUACAUGACAAGUCAAGUCAGUAUUCCCUGUACCAGACUGCCAAUCCCACUGGCUAGCCUAGGUCUCCUGUCCGGAGGGUUUCUCUGGGGUGUCACCAGGGCAUCAAGGUACCGGCAUCACUGGAGUGAUGUGGCCGUUGGUUUCCUGUUGGGCAUGGCGGUGGCGCUCUAUCUGGUAUUUGCAGUUCUCGCAUGUUUUGAAGAGCGCCCUCAAGAUGACCCAAACCACCUGCCAAAGAAAUCCCCAAGUCCGAAGCGAUCGUCACCUCUUUCCCUGAUCAGACUGCCGAGACUAAGGGCGUGUAAUGGUCAACAUCCUGCACAAAAUGGCCAUGCAACUUUCCACAACCCAUCAUUUGUCGGCGAUAGUUUAAGAAGAGACUACUAAAUUUCAUCCUAUUAUGUCAACUGGAGGUCUGAUAUAACAUCGAUAUAUUUAUAUAAAGUGUAGGCUCUUAUCAUAUUAAAAACGAUGAUAAAAACUUUUGUACAAUGCUUUUUAUUACAUGAACUUUACGGUAGUUGUUUAAACAAUUUAAAUAAGUGUCUAGGAUCUUACACAACUAAGUUUAUUAUUUAAUAUUUAAUUCUCAAUAAAUUAAGCAUGGUUGUAUUAAACUGUUUAAACAACUACUGUAAGGUUCAUAUAUCGUAAACAGCAUGUAUAAUGUUAAACACCGUUUUUACACUGCAGUGAUGCGGCGAUGUACACUCUUAAAAUAGUUAGGCAAAAGAUGCCCAACUGUUUACCAACCCUGGACAGCACACUGUCCACACAAGUAUUGGUUAACAUGGGUGAUAAAAACUAGUAAUUGGGCAAUAAAUUUGCUUAAUUGGAUAACAAUUGUCCAAAAUAUGUAUAUGUAUUUUACCAACGUGCAUUACCCAACAACACAGUGGACAGUAUGUUGCCCAACAUUUUAAGUGUGUAUUUUAUCGUAGGCCUGUACCAGGUACACUGUAUGCUAUUAUCAAUGGUCAUCAUGAUUGCAUGUAAUUUGUAAUGGGAGAAUAUCAUCACCCUUACAAUUGUAAGGGUAGAUUCAGGGUUUAUUAUUUUUAUUUUGAUUCAUUGAUUAUUUUCCUUUCAUUCACGUAUAUAGCAAUAUUUAUUGAUUUCAAUCUAAUUGAAGAAGGUUUAGUCCUUCAAAAAAAAAAAUAAUAAUAAUUUUGGAUUUUAGAGCCGGCAUAGUAGACUUGGUAUACAGUUCAAUAUGAACUCUGGAUCGAUAGGCAUAUAAAUCUUGCCAUUGGAUAUUCUACAUUUCGACUAUGACAUUACGUCCUACCCCCUUCUUUUCCUUUCUGAUCACCCCCAUGCACUUCCC